AUGGUCCCAAAUGAUGAAAACCAGUACAUGGGAAUUAUCCGUUUGCUUCUACACUUUGGCUGGACAUGGGUGGGUCUUUUUACAGGAGAUGAUGAUAGUGGAAAAUAUUUCUUGCAAAGCAUGGAAGCAUUGUUUUCCCAGUAUCGAAUCUGUUUAGCCUUCGUUCAGGUGUUUCCACGCCAAGGCCGUGUCUUGUCCAGUGAUGAUAUGGGUACAUUUGGAAAUCUCCAUGUAUCUGUUAUGGAUCAGAGGGCCAGAGCAUUUAUCAUCUAUGGAGAUACCAUGAAUCUUAUGUGGUUAAUUAACUAUAAUAUUCUUCUAGUUUCUGAUCAUGCAUAUUUUGGGAAGGUGUGGAUCAUGACAGCUCAGAUGGUAUUUGCAGUAACAGGAGUGACCAGACGGAUGGAUUUUCAAAUGUUCCAGGGUGCCAUAUCCUUGGCAAUUCAUUCCAAACAACCUCAGGAAUUCCAGAUGUAUUUUCAGAAGAAAAAUCCAUACAAGCCUGAAGGUGAUGGUUUUGUCCAGUUGUUCUGGGAACAGGUUUUUGAAUGUUCAUUUCCAAAUUCUGGGGAAUCAUUGGAGCAGGAUGAACUAUGUACUGGGAAGGAGAACCUGGCUAAGCCUCCUCAGUCUGUUUUUGAAGUGAGAAUGAAUGGCCACAGCUACAGUAUUUACAAUGCUGUCUAUGCGGUAGCCCAUGCUCUUCACGCAAUGCAUUCAUCAAAGACUAAAUACAGAGUAAGAAUGGGGGAGCAAAGAUCUGAGUUUGAAGACAUGCAACCUUGGCAGUUACAUGCAUUUCUUCAAGGGAUAUCAUUUAACAAUUCAGCAGGAGAGAACAUUAAUUUUAAUGGAAAAAGAGAAAUUGUUGCUGGAUUUGAUAUAAUGCACAUGAUUUUAUUUGCAAAUAACUCCUUCCGUAAAGUCAAAAUUGGAUGGUUGGAACCAAUGGCUUUUGAAAGAGAACAAUUCUUCAUAGAUGAUGAAAUUAUUGAAUGGCCAAGCUCCUUUAAUCAGGUAUGUCCUAUUUCUGUGUGUAGUGACUCAUGCCCACCGGGGUUUCAGAAACGAAAGAAGGAAGGGCAGAAAUUUUGUUGCUAUGACUGUUCACCUUGUCCAGAAGGAAAGAUCUCAAACAAGACAGACACGGAUGAAUGUAUGCAGUGCCAAGAUGAUCAGUAUCGAAGCCAGAGCAAUGACAGCUGUUUCCCCAAAAUAAUAACCUUUCUUUCGUAUGAAGAACCAUUAGGAAUGGGUUUAGUCUCAAUUGUCCUUUGUUUUUCACUGGUCACGGUCUUGGUGUUUAUUACUUUUAUUAAACACAGUGAUACCGCCAUAGUCAAAGCCAAUAACCGAGAACUCACCUAUAUUCUUCUUUCCUCUCUCCUGCUCUGCUUCCUCUGCUCUCUUUUAUUCCUUGGCCAUCCCCACAAAGUCACUUGCCUCAUUCGUCAUGUUGCUUUUGGUAUCAUCUUUACUGUAGCAGUUUCUUGUGUGUUGGCCAAAACCAGCACUGUGGUUCUUGCUUUCAUGGCCACUAAACCAGGAUCCAAUGUGAGGAGGUGGGUGGGAAAAAGUCUGGCCAACACCAUUAUCCUUUUCUGCUCUCUCAUUCAAGCUAACAUUUGCACUGUAUGGCUUGCCAUUGCUCCUCCAUACCCCAGGUUGGACAUGAAAUCCCUGCCAAGCGAGAUGAUAGCAGAAUGCAAUGAAGGCUCUACCUUUAUGUUUUACUUUGUCUUAGGCUACAUGGGACUUCUGUCCAUCAUCAGCUUCAUAGUGGCUUUCUUAGCUAGAAAUCUGCCAGAUGCUUUCAAUGAAGCCAAAUUCAUCACUUUUAGCAUGCUCAUGUUUUGCAGUGUUUGGCUAACUUUUAUCCCAACUUAUUUGAGCACUAAAGGCAAAUAUAUGGUAGCUGUGGAGAUCUUUUCCAUUUUGGCCUCUGGGGCUGCCUUAUUAUUCUGUAUCUUUUCUCCAAAAGUUUAUAUUAUCCUGCUGAGACCUGAGCUGAAUAAUAAGGAGGGAUUGAUAAGGACAAAUAAUAAACCAAUGAUGGUGACAAAGUUCUAUCAGCAUGUUCUGACUUUGGCAUUUGCUGUGAAUGAGAUCAAUGAAAAUGCAAACAUCUUGCCAAAUCUAACACUAGGAUUUCACAUAUAUGAUAGCUAUUAUGAUGCACGUAUGACCUACUGGACCACCCUUGACCUGCUUUUCAAAUCACAGAGAUUCCUCCCAAAUUACAAAUGUGAUCCAGAAAGACAUCUUAUAGCUGUCAUUGGCAGAAUGAGUUUGGACAUCUCAACCCAUAUGGCAGACUUCUUAAAUCUCUACAAGAUUCCACAGAAAGAGCAGGAAGAACUGAUGAAGAGAGUGACUAAUUCAUGGAUUGAUUAUCCAAAUGUAGUUUCUGAAGUAAAGUAA